AUGAAAAUACCAGCAACAUUCUUGCCACCGCCCACUCCUGUUAAAAAGAAGCUUAGUGUGAGUUCCCACAAUAUCCCCCAUGUUAAAACAUGUAAACUUAUUGCUGAAGGUUCUUUUUAUAAGAUUUUCCUAACUGAGAAUGGUACGGUCCUACGAGUUUCCAAGAGGGAAAUGGUGAAUUUUGAAGAGAUAAGGAUUUUGGAGAAUCUCGAUCACCCCUUUGUAAAUAGAAUGGUAAAGUGGUGGAUUGAGGACAAUACUCUUUAUUUUGAGAUGGAGCCGUGCGAUUUUAAUUUGAAGGAGAGAAGUGAUAGAAUUGAAAAAUUUUUCAAGAAGAACAGAAAAAGAGGAGUAGAAAAAUAUUACUAUAACAGAUGCUAUAAAGAAAAAGUCGAUAAUGUGAAUAAUGCAUGUAAUAAUACAAAUACUAGUUUGUAA